AUUCCCAAGUUUGAGCAGCUUAUCAAACCAAUUAAAAUAGUACGAAAAAUGAAGAUCACUUUUGCCAUACUGAUUGCCACUCUGGCCGUGGCCGUGCAGGGAUCCUACGUACCAACCUCUUACUGGCCAUCCCACUCUACUGGAUGGAACUCCUGGAACAAUGGCUGGAACGGUUGGAAUGAUCACCAAGUUGCUGCCUACCCGUACGCCAAAACGUGGGCCUCAUCCUGGCCAGCAGCUGGUUUGUACAACAAGGGAUGGAAUGGUCACUAUGGUGCCUACGAUAAAGUCAAUUCCUGGGCUCAACCAUGGGGAACUUAUGGAGCUGACUGGGGAUAUCAGAACUUUGCUAAGACCGUUGUUCCAUCGGUGAAGGUUAACUCGUGGGGUCUGCCAUGGGGAAGCUACGGAACUGGUGCCUACGGUUGGGAUCAUCCGGAAGUCGUAAAAACCGUUGUUCCACUCGCCAAGCAGGUCGCCUAUGUUGCUCCAGCACAUGUUGGUGUAGAGAAGGUUCUUGUUCAACCAAAAUGGUAAAUCGAAAUUGUUGAAAAUUUAUGUUCAAAAUAAAUGACAAUC